AUGAUCACAAGGACAAUCUGCCCAGAAGGAGCCUAUCAGGUUCGACUAUGCAAAGAUGGGACGUGGAGCACAGUCCUCGUGGAUGACAUGCUGCCCUGCGAUGAAGCUGGAUACCUGCUCUUCUCCCAGGCCCAAAGGAAGCAGCUGUGGGUGGCUCUGAUAGAGAAGGCCCUAGCAAAGCUCCAUGGAUCUUACUUCGCCCUCCAGGCUGGCAGAGCCAUUGAGGGGUUGGCCACACUCACUGGAGCUCCAUGUGAAAGUCUAAUGCUUCAGGUUAGCUCUACUAACCCUCGAGAGGAGACCGUGGACACAGACCUCAUCUGGGCCAAAAUGCUAAGUUCUAAAGAAGCC